CCGUCUAUCGCUCUAGAUAUUUUUAUUUUGUUUUUACGGUUUGUCCUGAUUUUUUCGUAGACCACCAUGAGAUCGAUAGUAGUACUAGCAGUACUGAUAAUUCCGUUGAUGUUCGUUGUGGCUGUGAACUCGAACCUCGACGAAGAGAUGAUGGAAGUUCCUCCGGGUAUCCAAGGAAAAUGUCCGGAGCAGAGUGGAUACUCACAGUAUUAUCAAGUUACUGUUAUGAAAUCGAAUACGUCACUGGUCAGUGGUUGUGCCUACAUUCAAUUCAAUAUUAUCAGCAAGAGACAAUCAUUUAGCUUGUGGCUCAGCAAUUUACCACGCACCGGGAUACGUUGCCGUGAGCAUAACUAUACAGAUAUGGAACAUUACCAUUUUAACUGUGUGUUAAAACCACCUUCGCCGUCAGAUGACUUCGACAAGGGACGUGUGUACGUAAGGCUAUACGGCCCAGCCACCAAAACUACAGGCAAAAUAAAUAUAAAAUGUGCCAUUUUCGAGAAUGCAAAAGGAAAUUCGACGAUGUUUCGUAUGGCAAUAAGUGACAACGUCAAAUGUAAUGGUUUAUCAGAAAUGUUAUUAUACCCAAAACCGAAGAUGUCCGAGUCAAACAACGGGUCAAUUUUAAUGAGGUUAAAUAGAUAUCAUUAUUAUAAGUAUCGCUAUUACACUUAAUAUGAAUUAAAGAACAAUGUAUAUACAUAUUAAAUAUAUUUUUACAC